AUGGAAGAUAAGACCCCACUUCCACUCGCGUUCCCAUCCCCAACACAUUUUCAGAGGAUCCUUCACCUCGCCACAAUCAUUCACACUUCUCUCUUCUCUCCUUUAUCUUUAUCACUUUCCCACCAUUUAAUCCCUCUCUUCCAUUCUCUUCUUUCUCCCCCAUCUCACACAAUCUACUGCAACGCAAACAUCAUGGUUUACUUCGAAGGAGAAAAGGAACAGAAAGACCUUAUUCCUGGAUUACCCAACGAAAUUGCAGAGCUAUGUCUUCUUCACGUUCCGUAUCCCUACCAGGCUCUAUCGCGCUCUGUUUCCUCCACCUGGAACAGAGCAAUUACUCACCCUUCAUUUAUCUUCUCCAAGAAAACCCUCUCCCACCCUAACCUUUUCGUUCUCGCCUUCCAUUCCAAAACCGGAAAGCAUCAGUGGCAGGCGCUGGAUCCUUCCUCCGGCCGCUGGUUCGUUCUGCCGCAAAUGCCCUCGCCGGAGGACACCCGCCCGUCGGCGCUCGCGUGCGCGGCGCUGCCGCGCCAGGGGAAUCUCGUCGUCGUUAACGGGACGGAAACGCUGGCCUACCGCGCCGCCACGAACCAGUGGUCGGCGGCGGCGGCGGGGCCCUGCGGGAGAACGUUAGUGGCGGUGCAGGGGGUGGAGGGGAGGAUCGUGGUACUGGGGAGAGACGGGACGGGCGUGUACGAUGCCGAGAGCGACACUUGGCGGAAGGGGAGGGCGUUGGGAAGGGAGCUGGAGAGGUACGAGGUUGUGGCGGUGGAGGGGAAGAUAUACGUGACGGAGGGGUGGUGGUGGCCGUUCAUGUUCCGGCCGAGAGGGUGGGUGUACGAGGUGGAGAGGGACACGUGGCGGGAGAUGGGGAUCGGAAUGAGAGAGGGGUGGAGCGGGGUGGGUGUGGCGGUGGGAGGAAGAGUUUUCCUGAUACCAGAAUACGGGGAUUCACCGGUGAAGGUGUACGAUGAGAAGCAGGACACGUGGCACGUCGUUGGAGGUGGGAGAUUCCCGAGGGAAGUUAUAAAGAGGCCGUUUUGUGCCACGGGAUUGGAUGAUCGAAUCUACGUGGCUUCUUGUGGUUUGAACGUGGCAAUUGGAAGUGUUAACGUGGUUCCGAACAUGGACGAUGAAGUUAAAGGUAGCGGUGGUGGCGUCGAAGUGAACGUGACGUGGAAGGUGGUGGAGGCACCGCGUGCUUUCCGUGAAUUCUCACCGUGUAGUUGCCAAGUGCUGUAUGCUUGA